AUGAAUAUUGUCAAGCAAAAACGCGGUCGUGCAAAGGGUACAAUCACUAGGGUUUCAACAUUUUCGGAAUCAGUCGUCGAUUCCACCCCUAUUGACAUGCUAGAAAUUCAAUUAAAGAAACUUCAGGAAGCUUGGUCUGAAUUCGUUUUGCAGCAAAAUAAUUUAUACGAGUUCUACGACCAGGAAGGUUUCGUCGACCCUGAACCCGAAUACGGGGAAUAUGAAACGAAAUAUUUCGAAGCGUUUUCUAAACUUUCUGGGUCUAUAAGAAAACAUCCAGAUAAGGAUCGUGAUGAAGCAUCAACAAUAAAUGCUUCGGUUUUGCAAAAAUCAAACUCUCGUCAGUCGGUCGUGUUGCCAAAACUUGUAAUUCCAGUUUUUACUGGAGACUAUAAGGAUUGGCCGGUUUUUAAAGAUUUGUUCACGGGAACAAUUGAUUGCAAUGUCUCCCUAACCGGUACGCAAAAAUUUCAAUAUCUGAAAUCAUUUCUGGGUGGUGAAGCGGCUACUCUUUUGAAGCACAUUUCGUGUACCGAAGAAAAUUAUCUCGAAGCUUGGGAUAAGCUUGAAGCGCGUUACGACAAAAAACAUUUAAUCGUACAAUCAUUCAUUAAAAGUUUCAUGGCCUUGCCGUCGUCUAAUAAUUUGAAUUUAGAAACUCUUCGCAAGCUUACAAAUGGAGCUGAUGAAAUAGUUCGUGGUUUGAACGCGUUACAAAUGAACUCUAGAGAUCCUUGGUUGAUCUAUAUUCUUGUUCAAAAAUUAGACAGUGAAACAAAACAAGCGUGGGCAAAAAAGGUAGAAUCUCGGGAUGACUGUACCAUCCAAGAAUUUCUUCUGUUUCUACAAAAUCAGUGCGUUUGUCUCGAAUCGUGUAGCUCAUUUUCUGGUCCUAUUAAAACAUUGAACAAAGUUUCUAACAAUAUUCGAACACAUUUCGUUGAAGCAAAACCUACUUGCCCAAAGUGUAAGGAAGAUCAUAUACUUCCAUUUUGUAAGACAUUUCUCGCUCUUGAUACUACCGCACGUCGCGAAUUCGUUAAACAAAACUCGAUUUGUUUCAACUGUCUUAGAGUUGGACACGCAUCUAACAAAUGCAAUUCUAAAUUUCGGUGCAGGUCGUGCAAUGCUAGACAUCACACCCUAGUACAUGAACCUAGAACUACAUCGACUAAUAAAACAACUGAACAACCAUCGACACAAAACCCUUCGAACUCCGCUGUUACUUAUCAUUCUCUCGAAUCUACUCAUAAUACUCAUUCAUCUCUCGAAUCCAACGCUAUUAAAUCUACAAUUCUCCCUACUGCCGUCGUUAAGGUUCAGGAUAAAUUUGGCUCGUUUCAAAACAUUCGAAUUCUACUCGAUUCAGGAUCCCAAAUCUCGUUUAUUACGGAGAAAGCUCUCCAACGUUUGGGUCUUCCUAGAAAACCAUCUCGUAUCCCUAUUGUUGGAGUCGCAUCAACUUCUGCGGGCACAACCAAUGGUCUCAUUUCGUUAAAACUACACUCUCGUUUCAAUUCAAAUCACAUAGACAUAGAUUGUCAUGUAAUAAAAAAACUAACGUCUAUGCUUCCGCCACUUUCGUUGAAUUUAAACACAACACAAUUUCUUUCGUUGGAUCUUGCAGAUCCGAAAUUUUAUGAACCAGGAACGAUUGAUAUGCUCAUCGGAGCAGAUAAUAUUUUCAACAUUAUUCUCGAAACACCAAGGGCAGAACCGGGUGCUCCUAACUCUUUGUUGACAAUUUUUGGAUGGGUAAUUGCUGGAAGCUAUGAUCGCACACCAUCCAGUGAAGCUUUCGUUAUAAAAUCAUUUUGCACACAGCUUGAUUAUGCCAAGUACUUUGAUUUGGAACGCUUUUGGCGUCUAGAAGAGAUUUUUUAUGAACAACCUUUGUCUAUUGAAGAACAAAGAGCUGAGGAUGAUUUUAUUCAAACUCAUAGUCGCCAUACAGAUGGUAGAUACAUGGUUAAUUUACCAUUCAAACCCAAUUGCAAACCCACAUCUGAAAGCUCAUCUCGAAUCGCACUCAACCGACUAUAUUCAAUGGAAAAGAGAUUCGUUCGUGAUCCUGAACUUCAAAAACAAUACUCUUCCUUCUUAAACGAAUACAUUUCAUUGGGUCACAUGGAAGAAAUACCUGUUAAAGAGAUAAACGAUUCAGAUUCUUACUAUCUACCUCACCACGCCGUGUUCAAGGCUGAUAGCAGUACAACAAAAGUGAGAGUUGUUUUUGAUGGCUCCGCAAAGUCAUCACCUGAUUCGAGGUCCUUAAAUGAAUCCCUUUUCGUUGGCCCUGAAGUCCAAUGCGACAUAUUUACAAUAUGUCUUCGUUCUCGUCGUCACGUAUAUACAAUGUCUGGGGACAUUGAAAAGAUGUACAGACAAAUCUGGAUUUCACCAAAACAUACAAAUUAUCAAAGGAUUCUAUGGCGAGAAAAUCCUGAAUCUCCGAUUAAACACUAUAGGCUUUUAACUGUAACCUACGGGACCUCGGCUGCUUCAUUCUUAGCGAAACGCGCGCUUAAACAACUAGCUUUGGAUUCUGCUGAAACACACCCUCGAGCUUCUUCAGUUAUCCUUAAUGACUUUUAUGUCGAUGAUUUGGUAACAGGCGCUGAUACAAUUGAAGAUUUAAUCGCUCUUCAAAAAGAGCUUGUUGAGGUUUUGUCACUUGCCGGUUUUAACCUUCGUAAGUGGACAACUAAUUGCUGGCCACUUCUCAUAUCCUUCCCUGAAGAUCAACGGGAACUAUCUCCUAUCGAUUUUGAAAAUUCUCUGACUGUAAAGGUCCUCGGGCUGCGCUGGUGUCCAUCUGGGGAUUGUUUCUCGUACAAGGUAAAUUUGGACCAGUCAACAUCAUGUACAAAACGUUCUAUCCUAUCCGAAGCUUCGCGCAUCUUUGAUCCCCUUGGCUUUUUAGCUCCGGUCGUGGUAGCUGUAAAGAUAUUCUUUCAGGAUUUGUGGAGAGCGGGUGUAGGAUGGGAUGACCAAAUCCUACAGGAACUUUCGCAUCGCUGGAUCACUAUACGAGAAGAACUUCAUUUAUUGGAAUCAAUCCGUAUUCCGAGACUAAUGUGGACAAAUAAGGUGAACUACGAGUUCCAUGCAUUUUGUGAUGCUUCCUUGGAUGCAUAUGCAGCUGUAAUCUACUGCAGAAGUGAAAAUCUAGAUGGGACUGUCUCAAUUUCAUUAAUCGCUGCUAAAACGAAAGUUGCUCCAAUAAAAGUGCUUUCACUUCCUAGACUUGAGCUUUGUGGAGCUCUUUUAUUAACCCGCUUAGUUCAAAAAAUCAAGAUUUCGUUACAGAUCAAACAUAUGCAAUUAUUUGCUUGGACAGACUCGUCCAUUGUCCUACAUUGGCUAGCCGCACCGCCCAAAAAAUGGUCAGUUUUUGUUGGAAAUAGAACAUCAGAGAUAGUUUCAUCUAUUCCGGUGAAAUCCUGGAAUUAUGUUAGAUCCGCCGACAAUCCUGCUGAUGUUCCAUCAAGAGGAAUUCCGCCAUCUCAACUCGAGUCGACUGUUAUCUGGUGGAAUGGUCCAGUUUGGCUUAAAAUGAACCGCAGUGAAUGGCCUAAAACUCAACAUGAUUUGCAGAACGUAUCAAGUGAUCAGCUGGAGGAAAGGAAUUCUAAUAAAGUCCAGGUAUUCGUAUCCCAAAUAAAUGAAAACAACAUUCUGAGACAAAUAAUUAAUAAAUCGUCAGAUUGGAUAAAAUCGGUACGUGUGGUUGCAUACAUUUUUCGUUAUCUUAAAAAUCGUCGCCUUGCUCCGGAGCUACGUGAUCUACAUGCUCUUUCAACUUCAGAACUAAACAUCGCUAAAACUUGCCUGAUAAAAGCCUCUCAAUAUAUUUUAUUCGCCGCUGAAAUCGAAAGUCUCAACAAAAAUAAAUACUUGCCUUCGCGAUCUAAACUCUCAUCAAUUGCCCCUUUCCUUGAUAGUGAAAAUGUUCUUCGCGUAGGCGGUCGUAUACAAAACUCUGAACUGUCGUUUAAUGAAAAACACCCAAUAAUUCUCUGCAAAUCGCACCCAAUAACAAAACUUAUAGUGGAAUAUACCCAUAAACAUUAUUUACAUGCAGGUGUAUCAUUAAUGGUGUCUUUGCUAAAACAAAAUUAUUUCAUUCUAGGCAGCCGAAAUAUUGUCAGAAAGGUAGUAAAUGACUGCAUUGAAUGCUUCAAGCAAAGAAAAUCUACUUCCGAACAAAUGAUGGGGAAUCUACCAAUCGAAAGGGUUCGUUUUUCAAGGCCAUUUAGCAAAGUUGGCUGCGAUUAUGCUGGACCUAUCACUCUUCGUUUGGCUCGUGGAAGGAACCCUAAAUUUGUCAAGGGUUACAUAGCUCUUUUUGUUUGCUUUGUGACAAAGGGAGUUCACAUCGAGCUAGUUGGUGAUUUGUCAUCCAGUGCAUUUAUUUUGGCCCUAGACCGCUUUGUAUCGCGCCGAGGAAAACCAACAGAAAUAUGGAGCGACAACGCCACAAAUUUCCAUGGUGCUAAACGGUUUCUCGGGGAGAUGCAUGAAUUGUUAAUGGACCAGCAGCGAAACAAUAUCAUUGCAGAUCAUCUAUCUAAAGACGCCAUUGAUUGGAAAUUCAUACCACCUUCUGCACCCCACUUUGGUGGGCUGUGGGAGGCAGGGGUGAAAUCCGUGAAGAAGCACAUCACACGUGUCAUUGGUGAACAUAUACUUACCUACGAGGAGAUGUAUACUCUUCUCUCCAAAAUCGAAUGUUUACUCAACUCACGCCCAAUGUGGCAAACCUCCGAUUUUGAACCAAUUGCACUUACUCCGUCACAUUUCAUGAUUGGAGAACCAUAUUGUGCAAUUCCUCAACCUGAUUUAGAUUUUUCAAAAUUUUCGAUAAGUUCUAAUUGGCAUCUUUUACAGACUCUCAUGCAAGGUUUCUCGAAGCAGUGGCAUAAGGAAUAUUUGACAUCAUUACAAAACAGACCCAAAUGGCAAAAGGUUCAACGAGAUCUACAGAAAAACGACAUGGUGUUGCUCAAGGAACCGAAUUUGCCACCUUCGAAAUGGAUACUUGGACGAGUCAUAGAAGUUCACCCUGGUGCAGAUGAAAGGAUUCGUGUGGUUACCGUUCGUACCAAGAAUGGUGAUUAUGUUCGACCCAUCGUUAAGCUAGCGCCUUUGCCGUUUUCUGAAAGACCGGAGUCUUCCAGGGGGGGCUGA